CAUUUCAAUGAGCAUAUUUUCUUAUCAUUGCAGAAAUACACAAUAACACCAUCAAUAUAUAGUUCAAUAAACUAAAUGUUUUAGAUAAUAUAUUUUAGCACAUAACAAUAAACGACAUAAAACAUGUACAGACCCUACACUAUAUUCUCAAGGCAAAUGACUGUUUCAUUUGAUAUAAUUUUAAAACGUUAUCAAAAUUGAUAACUAAAUGGUACAGUAUACAUUACAAUUUCUUUGUGAACAUAAAGACUACAUGUUGUGAGUUAUAUAUUACAGAACAACAAUCAAUAUUCGUGAAUAAAAUGCUGUGUUUAGUUUGAUUUAUGUAUCACUAUUAUUGUUUCUGAAUGUUUAUAUGGUUGUCCGGAUCGGCUGUUGUACGGUUUUAUAAUUAGAAAAGACUAUAAAUAAACAUGGCGGCAGGGAAGAAAAAUGCUACUCAAAAACGUCGACGGGGCCGACCAAGAACUCGCUCAGUUGAUACUAGCUUAACAGUUGCACAAUUGAUUUCGAUGAAAAAGAAAAUGGUUCAACGUCAAGUAGUGCUGGGAAGCGAUGUUGAUUGUGAAAGGUUGAAUGCGAUCAAAAAUGCACGAAAGUUCAAAGGCAGCGCCGAUGUUAUUCAUUUCCUUCUGGACCGCUACGAGAAUUUGUUACAUUUAAGAGCAUCAUCUGCAGACCGAAGGCGGAAAAAAUUACCUGCAGAAUUUGAUAACUAUAUCCUAUUCUGCAAAUCAUGUGGAUCAGAUAGCAUCGAAGUGACUGCGAAGGCCAAGUCACUCUCGAAACAGACAUCAGUACCAUCUGUUGGUGGUGUCCGUGUAAAAAUAGAACAUGGUGAUAACAAUGUAGGUGAUGAAAAUGGUACUGGGGGACAAAGUGGUAGUGAUGGGAAUGAUCAAAGUUUCCUAACAGGACCUCGACCAACAAAUCUAGUAUGUAACGUCUCUGUGGCCAAGAGUGCCGAAACAAGCAACGAAGAAGAAGAUGCAAGUGUUCCAUACAAAAAGCGUAGAAAAAAAUCUUCUACAAAAACUGCGGACAAAACUGUCACUAUAGCUGAUGAAACCAAUGACACGGCUACAGCUUUAACAGAACCGACAGCAGAAAAUGAUGAAACUGAGAGGCUGAAAAAGAAAACCAAGCAAACAAAAUCUAAUGAUUCAUCUAAGGAUUCUGUGGAAAACAACGAUGAUAAAUUAGAUAAAAGCAAAAGUGGUGAUGAGGAAUUAGACGGAAAGAAUGAAAGUGAUGAAGAUAGUGGUCGUCGACGCAGUACAAGACUGAAGGGAAAAGAUCGCAUAUCAUUCAUCAAGAUGAUUGAAUUGGACAUUAGUGAUGAAGAUUUGGAGAACAGCGAAGAUGAUAUGGAGGUUGAUGAGGAAGAUGAUGAAUGUGAGGAUGAUGAUGACGAUAGUGAAGUAGAAAGUGAAAACAGUGAUACAGAGAAGAAAGAAAGAAGGUUUGUAAAGAAAGGUGAAGAUGAUCCUGAUUUUGACCCAGAAACAGAUGAUGAGGAUAUCGGUGAGGAAGUUAAUGAUGAAGAAAAUGUAGAGGAGAGCGUAGAAGAGAUUGUGGAUGAUGAUGCUAAACCAAAAGGAAGAAGAGGUCGCAAAAGGUUGCUUUGGGAUGAGAGUGGCUUCUGGAAAAUAAAACAAAAACAAAAACUCACUGUUAAGGAAAAAGAGGCUAAAAGAAAAGAAAUUGAGAGAAAGAAAGAAAGGGCACGCCAAUUGAAGGAGCUAAGAGAAAUUUACAGAAGUGCUAUACAAAAAUGUGAGGAUGUGACUGUUAAGUUGGAAGACCAUGAGGACAAGUAUGAGUUGACAAUGUUCACUUCACAAAGUCAGAAGGAUAGAAAUGUAGACUUGGAACAAAAAUCCUACUACAGGUAUACCUGUAAACUCUGUGAUGGUCAAUUCAAUGCCUCGGACAAAGCCUCGAUGGAGAAUCACAUCAAGCAACAUCUUCAGGGUCUCUUGACAUGCGUUGAUUGUGGAGUGACCUUCAGCAGACCACUUUUAUUGUUUCACCACCGAGUCGAUAAUCACAUUGAGAAGUUCUACACCUGUGAAUUUUGCGCAGAACAGUUUUACACACAUAGAAGCCUUCAGGUUCACUUGGCCAAAAAACAUGACCAGAAACCGUAUAAGUGCCCGAAGACGAAGUGUCUUGAAUAUUUUAGCUGCCGUGCUGACAAGAAAAAACAUGUCAUAGUAGCACAUCCAGAACUGGCAGCGCAGUGCGAAAAGUGUGGUGAAUUUUUCUUUGGUCAGGACAGACUUCAGUGUCAUAUAAAAGGGACAAAAUGUAGAGAGAAGUCUUCAACUGAGGGAAACAAGAUCCCAUGUGAAGUUUGUGGGAAGAUAGUUCUUCGGGCAGGGAUGAAAAAGCAUAUGGAGACCGUACAUCUCAAGAUUCACAGCCACAAGUGUGAAGUCUGUUCCUUCACAACUAACUCAACACAAUCCAUCAAACACCACAGGAUGAGACACACAGGAGUCCAUCCAUUUAAAUGUCAGUUGUGUGACUUUUCCUGUGUCCAGGAUUAUCAGCUGAAGAGUCACAUGCGAACACAUACUGGGGAGAAGCCUUACAAAUGUGACCAGUGUAGCUAUGCCUCGGCCUGGAACGUUCAGCUCAAGGAACAUCGCAAAGCCCAUCAAAGUCCUACACAAAGUACCUGUGAUAUAUGUAACAUCACAUUCAAACACGAACGUGGCAUCACUCUUCACAUGAAGAAACAUCAUUCGAAUCAAGCCUCGGAAGCAGACGUGAAGAAGGAAAAGUCUGCAGCUUCGGAGGUUUAUAACAGCAAUGUAGUGCGUUCUGAUGGGAAUGUCAAUCAGAGGCUUGGUACAAAGAUUAUUGUGGUUGGUUCAUCACAGUUGGAUGGUGCCACUGGUUCAAACCAAGUCUCCCAGAAAAGAGAAGACAAAGGACAACUGGAGGAAAAACAAGCACAUGCCAUUCAGUAUGUGGUUAUGAAACAGACUGAAUACCACACCGAUUUGUCUGGGACACCAAAGCAAGGGGAGCACCUCACACCUGAACAAACAAAACACCAUUCACCUAAGCAAGUUGAGCACCAAUCGCCACAACAAGUCGAUUACAGUUCACCCGAUAAGCUAGUGGAAUACCACUUACCUAAACAGACUGAGUAUGAUACUAAAGAGUAUGGUAUUAGUCACACAGAGUAUGUAUCUACAACUGAGCAGCCGUACUCGGUUGAGUAUGACUCUACACCAGCAGAGUACAUUGUCCACAUAUCCUGUCAGCCUGAUUACAUGCCUGCUGAGCAGGUGGUCACCACAACAACUGAUAGUGAUAUAUGAAAACUGCAAGAUUCACAAAAGUUUGAGGUUCCACUGGCGCCAACACUUUCUUUAUUAGUUCACUUGGCACAAAGGGCCAGUGAGUUAAUAGCAUGGUACAGCUUCUAUGUCGGUCAUCAGUCUAGCAACUUUUCUAAAAAUCAUGAAUGAGUAUGAAUAUGACCAAAUUUGGUCUGAAGCAUUCUUGGGUAAAGUGGAAUAAAUUUUGAAUAAACAAAUUGUACAGCUGACACAAUAGCCAAAGCUUCCAUUGGCCUGAACAUUACUUACCUAUGUAUAUCCUAACAGUUGAUGUUUCAUUACUAACAGUUGGUGUUUGGUCUGGCCACAACGUUAACGCCAGGUGUUCAGACAUUUCCACAGAUAUCAGGAAAAUUUGACAAAUACCUGUGAAGUGUGUCUAGAGAAAAUUCAAUGAAUACCAGUGUAGUGUGUCUAGACAAAAUUCAACAAAUAUUAGUGUAGUUUUGUCUUUACAAAAUUCAACAAACAUCAGUGUAUAGUGUGUCUUCAGAAAAUUCCAGCGUAGAGUAUCUUUAAAAAAUUCAAUAAGUACCAGUACAAAUAUCAUGCAUGUGGUAUACGUACCAGUAUACAUGUGUCAAGAGAAAUUUCAAUGAAUACCAGUGUGGUGUGUCUGGAGAAAAUUUGACAAAUAGUGGUAUAGUGUGGGCUAAUGAAAACUUCCACAAAUAGGUUUGUUGUGGGUCAAGAGGAAGGAAGUUCAGUAAACAGUGAAAUGGUGACCUGGGCUUCUCCCCACUAGUUUUGUUUAAUGGCAUUUCUGUUAUUUGUUUUAUGGGAUUUGUUGACUUGAACAGUGUUGGAUGUAGAUAUAUGGUAACAUAAAGUCACUAUUUACAAGGUUGAAUAUUACCUAAACAUUUUAUAUUAAUAUUAGAUUAUCCAAGAGAUUCGUAUCUCUCACCAGUAAUUAAAUACCAGUACACCUGGAUAUCGUUCUUUCUUAAAAGACGAUGCUUCAAAAAUUUGAGGUUUUCAUGAAAAUUGGAUUGAUGUAUACACCCAAUACAUUAUGGAUAGGGCAGUGAUGUUGACAAGUGUAGAUAAUUGUUUACUGUGUACACUGUAUAGUGUCUUUUCCAUGAAAAUUAUGGUUGAACUGUUUCUGUUUGUUAUAACAGUUAGAAUUUUAAGUAAUAUUCAUAUUUUAGAAACAAUCUAAUUAGACCUACAUGAAUAAGUCCAAAUACAGACUUGAUCUAUUUACUAUAUCAUGAUAUAGCCGAUGGAUCUAUUUACUAUAUCAUGAUAUAGCCGAUGGAUCUAUUUACUGUACCAUGGUAGCCGAUGGAUCUAUUUACUAUAUCAUGAUAUAGCCGAUGGAUCUAUUUACUGUACCAUGAUAGCCGAUGGAUCUAUUUACUGUACCAUUAUAUAGCCGAUGGAUCUAUUUACUGUACCAUGAUAGCCGAUGGAUCUAUUUACUGUACCAUGAUAGCCGAUGGAUCUAUUUACUGUACCAUGAUAGCCGAUGGAUCUAUUUACUGUACCAUGAUAGCUGAUGGAUCUAUUUACUGUACCAUGAUAGCCGAUGUACCAGAAAGUCAGUACACUGUAUACAUGUGUAAACUUGAUUUCUUGUCAGAGAGGAAUAUCUUUAAUACAUGGAUUAAUAGAAUCUAUCACAGGUCUGUUCCGUGGACACGGAUAUCUCAACCCGAGUGUAAGAGUUUGGCCAGUCAGUACGAGGCUUGUCGAGUGCUGGCCAGCCAAACUCUUACACGAGGGUUGAGAUAUCCUUAUUCGCGGAACAGACCCAUGAUCGAUUAUUUUUCUCACAUACUUGCAACCAAACGUAAGUUUUUCUAAAAGUUUUCAUCGCACCAUCUUCAAUGCUCCGUGGAAUGUCAAAAUGUAUGACAUCAUUCUUUACGACAUGGUCACUCAACGUAAAAAGAUGAUGUUAAGUUACUGGGAGCAUAUAGCAUGUGCCAGUUGUCUUAACCCCCUGUGUAAGAUCAAUUUAUCUUUUCCCUAGCAACCGUUGGAUAACCCUGUGAAGUGUGUGAGAAAUUACGAUCCACAUAUAUAUAGCAUUGUUACACAGAUGUGUCGUGAUUCUAACAUGUGUCGUGAUAUGUAUAGCUGAUAGACCUCCAAUGUUGUUUGAAGCAUUUUUAGGUCACCUGAGUCAAGUGACCUAUUCUAAUCCCCUUUUGUCCGUCGUCGUCCGGCGUGCGUCGUGCGUCCGUAAACAAUUUACAUUUUCGACUUCUUCUCCAAAACCCCUAAACCAA